AUGGCAGUGGACAACACCGACGGUAAUAGUCGGGCCAACAAGUCCACGGAAGAACCAACAAGAUGGCAAAAAGCUCUUACCUUCUUCCGGCUCCUUCUCUGCACGGAACCGACAUGGCUCGAUGUGACUCUCAUGGUCGCCGGCUUUAUCUUCGCGAUCGCAGCUGGUGUCCCGUAUCCGCUCAUCGCCAUUCAAUUUGGCAGGCUUGUCGAUAAUCUCAACGGGGCGGCGUGCGACGUACAAUCGAACAUCGACGCGACUGAGUAUCAAGGAACUAUUGCCAGUGUCCUCACACAGCUCGUAGCCAUUGCAGCUGCCCAAUUCGUCCUUGUUUACCUACACUCUGUCUGUUGGAACAUCCAGUCCCAGCGUUUGAUGCACCGACUGAGGGAUCGUUACCUCCGACACCUCCUCCGCCAGGAACCUGGGUUUUUCGACAACAAACACGCUGGUGAGCUGAGUGCUCGACUAGACGAGGAGUUCACUGCCAUACAAACUGGGACGAGUGAGAAGGUUGGCCGGCUUAUCGGUCAACUAAGUUUCUUCGUUACUGCCUACAUCGUCGCAUUCAUAAGGCAGCCCGUACUGGCCGGUAUCCUCGUAUCACUUGUUCCCGCCUUUCUGCUAUUGACUGUUGCCGGAAGCUAUUACUUUAAGAGAUUUGCUGGUAAAUCAGCGGUAUCAUUCGCCGCGGGUGGUUCCAUCGCAUCGGAAGCCCUCUCCCACAUCUCCGUCGUCCAAGCAUUCGGCGCUGGGCCGAGACUAGAAGCCAAGUUUUCGAGGCACAUGGCACUUGCGCGCAAAUUUGGUAUUAAGAAGGCGCUCGUAGCCGGCGUACAGGCAGGCUUAUUGUAUUUCAUCUCUUAUAGCUCGAAUGCUCUCGCGUACUGGCAAGGGAGCCGAAUGAUUGCCGACUCCCUGAACGGAAAAGGUAGUGCGACAUUUGGUCAAAUAUACAGUGUCGUGUUCUUACUCGUCGAUGCUUGUAUAAUAAUUGGUGGUCUCGCUCCGUUAUUCCCCAUCUUUGGGGCCGCGUCUUCGGCUUAUGAGCGAAUAAAGGCGGACAUGGACCAUCGCUCGUCUAUCGAAUGCGAUACUGGAAUUAAUCUGCCCUGGGAUACAGCUGGUCGCAUAGAAUUACGCGAUGUGUCCUUCUCGUACCCAUCCAGACCCGAAACCUUGGCUCUGAAAAAUGUGGAUUUGACCUUUGAGCCUGGAAAAUAUACAGCAAUCGUUGGCCAAUCAGGGAGUGGGAAGUCUACGAUCGCAGCCCUACUAGGACGACUCUACAAUCCGAUAGAUGGCGAAAUGUUUUUUGAUGGAGCUGAAUAUAAGUCGCUAAACGUACGCAAUCUACGAGGUUUUGUGAGUCUCGUCCAACAGGAAUCUGAGCUUUUCGAUCGCUCCAUAUUCGAAAACAUCGCUCUUGGACUUGUAAAUUCUCCUCGACCCGAACACGAGAGCCUCCGGUCUGUGGUCGCGGGAAAUGAAUUACAGAACUUCGUGUCUAGUUGCAAGGAUGAUCUAUUGAACGAAGCGGCGCGCACAGGGGGGGCAAUUGCGGAGGUGGCAGUCUUGGUCCAGAAAGCGGCUAACUUAGCUGACCUUUCCUUUAUCGAUCGUCUCGAGCAGGGCUAUAGUACAAGAGUCGGUGUUGGUGGAAAGCUAGUAAGCGGUGGGCAGCGGCAACGCAUCGCCCUAGCAAGAGCACUCAUCCGCGACCCCAAGAUAUUGGUUCUCGAUGAAGCAACGGCAUCGCUCGACUCAGCGACUGAGAAACGAAUCCAGGCGGCAAUUGAUCGCGUAGCCCUCGACAGCAGCCGGACCAUCGUCUCUAUCGCGCACCGACUCUCCACGAUUAAGCACGCCGACAACGUUAUCGUGAUGCAAGAUGGUGAAGUGGUUGAACAGGGUACCUAUCACGAGCUUCUAGAGAAAGGGGGAGCUUUCACCCGCCUAGCUACGCUGCAAGGGUUAGACAAAUCAACAGGAAAGACAUCUUCGGAGAUAUCAUCACUCAAUACUACGGACGUGGAAUCCCUGAGCGACAUAAAUGAAAAAUCCGGGUCAAUCUUGUCAGACACAACUAAAGAGGUCGAAUCCGAGAAGACUGAUCUGGUCCAGGUAAAUAUCCAAGGUGCAUCGAACACAGCCGCCCCAGGAGGUAUUGAUGACGCUCUUCCUUCAAAGGCCAUAAUCUCCGGCAUAAACAAACUCAUCAGACCGGACUACAGCUGGUUUGUUCUGGCUGUGCCUGCUGCUGUCGUAGUUGGCUGUACAUUCACCGCUAUGGGUUUGAUAUUCGGCCACACCGUCAGUGCUCUCAGCGCCUGCAACGCCACUAUAUCUGACAUCCUUUACUACGGUCGCUUCUUCGGGGGGCUCGUAUUCAUGUUGGCAGUAGUCGAGUUCUUUGCUAAUUUGGGCAGCUGGUCGGCGUUCGGUCGGCUAUCGGAGAAUCUGGUUUAUCGAAUUCGUGUGCUUAGCUUCCGGACAUUGAUGGAGCAGAGCGUUGAGUGGCACAGCUCAGGGAGCCGACUUGGAGUUAUAACAAAAGAUGGUGCCUCAUUAGCAGCGUUCAGCGGUAGCAUCAUCGCUACAACUUUCUCGAUUGUGAUCAAUUUCUUCGUGGCUAUUAUUGUCAGCCAUGCCUUCGCAUGGAAGAUCGCCAUUGUAGGCCUGGCCUUGGUGCCUCUCCUACUUGCAGCAGGAAUUCUUCAGGUCCGAGCCACUUCACGGCAUUUGGAACGAAGCCACAAGGCAUUUGUGGACGCUAUAGGAAUCACAGUUGAGGCGGUCAACCAAAUCAAGACCAUUGCAAGCUUCUCACUCGAGGACGAAGUCGUCAAUAGAUACCGGAGUGCUUUAGAAGGACCAAGGGCUACCAUGAUUCGAGAGUCCUUACACACUUGCAUAUAUCUGUCUAUCUCGACUAGCACAGGCUUCUUCAUAUAUGCUUUGUCUUAUUGGUGGGGGUCGCAGCUUAUCAUACGCGGCGAAUACGACCAGACAAAAUUCUAUGUGGUCCAAGUAAGUCUUCUCGUUUCCGCUUCGCUCUGGGGUCAGAUGUUUUCUCUGGCGCCCGAAUUUGCUCGCGCGAAGAGUGCAGCGUCGAGGACGCUAAGUCUCAUCAAACUUGGGUCCGAUAAAAGGCUCGCCAAGCCUUCCGAAAUUCUCGGCGCGAAGGACGAUAAAGAAAAUCGCGACAUCGAGGCCGAAGCAGAGAGCAAGCCCUCAUGGGCAAAAUCAACGAGUUCCAAGGGUGUGAGUGUCGCAUUCCGAGAUGUCCACUUUGCCUAUCCCUCCCGGCAGGACCAACCGAUUCUCAGAGGCCUUUCCUUCGCGAUUCAACCUGGACAAUUUGUUGGGCUCGUCGGGCCCUCGGGAGCGGGCAAGUCGACAAUCAUGGGGCUGAUCGAACGACAAUACUCGCCACAAAAUGGGCAAAUUGAGGUUGCUGGAAUAAACAUCGCCGCCAACGAUAGUACCAAUUUCCGCGACAACAUCGCAGUAGUGCCACAAGACAAUGCCCUAUUCAAUGGAAGCAUCAAGUUUAACGUCGGCCUCGGCGCCCGCCCUGGCCAUGAAGCCACGGAUGCCGAGAUCGAAGAGGCUUGUCGUACGGCAAAUAUCCACGAUACGAUAAUGGGGCUCCCACAAGGUUAUGACACGGAAUGUGGACCUAAUGGAUCACGACUUUCAGGCGGUCAACGACAGCGCCUCUCGAUUGCACGCGCGUUGGUGCGCCAACCUAGCCUGUUACUUUUAGAUGAGAGUACUAGCGCACUGGAUGCUGAGAGCGAACGGGCGGUGCAGGUCGGGCUUGAGAAAAUCGCGCGGCGAAUCACGGUUAUCGCCAUUACACACCGCCUACAUACCGUUCAGAAGGCUGACGUGAUUUUCAUGAUCGAAGGCGGGAAGAUCCUGGACAAAGGCAACCAUGGAGAAUUGAUGGAACGUAACGAGAGCUAUCGGAUUAAUGCUCUACAACAGAUGUUGCAGUAA